AUGUUCCAAACUGCUGCAUACAUCAAUUCUCGAACAGGCUCAAAAGAUUUAAAUCGUUUCGACUACCUUCAACUUCUUGUCUGUGAAUACGAAGCCAGUCUACUAUACAGUAACCUACCGUACAGUGAGCCAGAACGUCAUGAAAAACUAGCUCGAUUGUCCAACUUUGCAUAUGAUCCAAUUAACCACGAUUUUCUUUGGCAGUUGAACAUUGUCGAACUGUUUCUAGAUGCCAUUCACAUAUCCUCUACAGACCCAAUUGCUCGUGAAUUUGCAGCUGGUGGAUUGUGUAAUAUAUGUUUAGGUUAG